GUCGCGCUGGGCCCGCUCGCAGCGGUCGCGCCGUAGCGCGGGAGUCUGGGAGCCGCCUCCGUGCUCGGGCCUCCCUGCGCCGCCUGGUCGCUGGUGAAACUUGCGGCGCGUGCCUCUCCCGGACCCUUCAGGGUAAGAAAAUGUCACAUUUCAGCAUUUGUACCUGAAAUCAGCAUGCAGAUUUCAGUCUACAUGGACAAGUGCCAACUUUUGCCUUUCCUCUGUGGAUCCUGUGACCAUUCUAUCUGGGAACUUCCUUCAGAGAGUUCAUGCAUCUUACUGAGGACACCUGACCUUUUGAAGCUUCAUAAUUCACAUCUAGAUGUCACCAGUAUUUCCUAUGUUAACAGUUCUGACUAUGUUUUAUUAUAUAUGCCUUCGGCGCCGAGCCAGGACAGCUACAAGAGGAGAAGUGAUGAACAGCCAUAGAACUAUAGAAUCAAACAGCCGGACUUCCCCUCUCAAUGCAGAGGUGAUCCAGUAUGCCAAAGAAGUAGUGGAUUUCAGUUCCCAUUAUGGAAGUGAGAAUAGUAUGUCCUAUACCAUGUGGAAUCUGGCAGGUGUACCAAAUGUAUUCCCAAGUUCUGGUGACUUUACUCAGACAGCUGUGUUUCGAACUUAUGGAACAUGGUGGGAUCAGUGUCCUAGUGCUUCCUUGCCAUUCAAGAGGACGCCACCUAAUUUUCAGAGCCAGGACUAUGUGGAACUUACUUUUGAACAACAGGUGUAUCCUACAGCUGUUCAUGUUCUGGAAACCUAUCAUCCUGGAGCAGUCAUUAGAAUUCUGGCUUGUUCUGCAAAUCCCUAUUCCCCAAGUCUACCAGCUGAAGUAAGAUGGGAGAUUCUUUGGUCAGAGAGACCUACGAAGGUGAAUGGUUCCCAGGCUCGCCAGUUUAAACCUUGUAUUAAACAGAUAAAUUUUCCCACAAAUCUUAUACGGCUGGAAGUAAAUAGUUCUCUUCUGGAUUAUUACACUGAAUUAGAUGCAGUUGUGCUACAUGGUAUGAAGGACAAGCCAGUGCUUUCUCUCCAGACUUCACUUAUUGACAUGAAUGAUCUAGAAGAUGAUGAUUAUGAAGAAAAGGAUGAUUGUGGAAUGGACAAUCUUAACAAAAAGUUUAGCAGUGCUACCCUCAGGGAAGGGCCAAAUAAUGGAUAUUUUGAUAAACUGCCUUAUGAGCUCAUUCAACUGAUUCUGAAUCAUCUUACACUACCAGACCUGUGCAGAUUAGCCCAGACUUGCAAGCUACUGAACCAGCAUUGCUGUGAUCCUCUACAAUACAUCCAGCUCAAUUUGCAACCAUACUGGGCAAAACUAAAUGACACAUCUUUGGAAUUUCUACAGGCUCGCUGCAGUCUUGUCCAGUGGCUUAAUCUAUCUUGGACAGGCAACAGGGGCUUCAUCUCUGUUUCAGGAUUUGGCAGGUUCUUGAAGGUUUGUGGAUCUGAAUUAGUCCGCCUUGAAUUAUCUUGCAGCCACUUCCUUAAUGAAACUUGCUUGGAGGUUAUUUCUGAGAUGUGUCCAAAUCUACAGGAAUUAAAUCUCUCAUCUUGUGACAGACUGCCACCUCAAGCUUUCAACCACAUUGCCAAAUUAUGCGGCCUUAAAAGACUUGUUCUCUAUCGCACAAAAGUAGAGAUUGAGGACUAUGAUGUGAUAGCUAGCAUGAUAGGAGCCAAGUGUAAAAAACUGCGGACCCUGGAUCUGUGGCGAUGUAAGAAUAUUACUGAGAAUGGGAUAGCAGAACUGGCUUCUGGGUGUCAGCUUCUGGAGGAGCUCGACCUCGGCUGGUGCCCUACUCUGCAGAGCAGCACCGGGUGCUUCGCCAGACUUGCACGCCAGCUUCCGAACUUGCAGAAACUCUUUCUUACGGCUAACAGGUCUGUGUGUGACACAGACAUUGAAGAACUGGCGGGUAAUUGUACCAGAUUACAGCAACUGGACAUACUAGGAACAAGAAUGGUAAGUCUGGCAUCUUUAAGAAAACUCCUGGAAUCUUGUAAAGAUCUUUCCUUACUUGAUGUGUCCUUCUGUUCACAGAUUGAUAACAGAGCUGUGCUAGAACUGAAUGCUAGCUUUCCAAAAGUGUUCAUAAAAAAGAGCUUUACUCAGUGACUUAAUAUAUGUUCUGUAAUAAAACUAAUGUGGUUUUGUAGGGUUUUAUUUUGGGAUUGGUUUUGUUAUUUUGCUUUGGUUAGUUUGUAUAGUGGUGGGAAUCAAGACAUUUGAAGAUUUUAAAGAAAAAUAUCAAAUUGUCCAUUAAAUCAAGUAACGUGUUUUUACAAAAUAUGGCAAGCACUUUACUUCAAGAGUAUGUGAGUGGCUGAUAAUGUUUUUACUGUAUAUUAAUCAGUGAUAAUAUGCUUUAGUCAAUAAUUACAUGUUUAAUAAAAGUAAUAUGGAAACAUUUUAACUUAUUUUUAAAGGAACACUUUGAACAAUAAAGUAUGAUAUUUAUGCAAAAAUAAAAUGAAUUUUCACACUUCCAUGUGAAGAAUAUUAUUUUAUUUAUUCUUAUUACGUGGCUGGAGUUUUGUUUGAUAUGUACAAAAUUGUCAGAACUGGUUGGAGAAAGGGACUUAUUUUUUAAACUGAUGCAUUUGUUGUCGCAAAGUAUGUAUUUCUCUUUUUUUUUUAAGUAGAGGGCUGUCUUAGAGUAUAUCUUUAAUGAUACAAUAGGUACAUAGAGAAACUCUAAGUGAAUUUAUGGCAGAAACAAAGAAAAAGGGGAACGACUUGCUUUUUCUGCCAUUGUGGUAUUGGUGUCAAAUGCUUAUUGUCAUAUAGCUUAUAAUGUACAAGAGAACAACCCAAAGUAGGCUGCUGCUUAGUGCACUGGAUUAUGUUGAAUUGUGCUCUAUCUGUUUAUCAUCUAAAACCCAUCAACAACAAACAGAAAAAAUGUUUCUGCAAUUCUUCCUUAAAUUCAUUACUUAACUGGUAUAAAAAAUGAAACACUUAUUUUUUUUGGUAGAAUACACUCAAUCAUGAAUUACUUUACAAUAACUGUUCAACUUGAAAAUGUUUCAUUUUUUUCACUUCUAUAGAUUUAUCUAUUUCGCUACUGGCUAAUACCAAUAUAAAAAUACGAGCAUAAUCAAGAACAAAAGGUAAACUACUAAAUGAAAUAGUUUUCCAGCUGUUAAAUAGAUGCCUUAAAAAUUUGCUGGAGGGAAAGAUUUAAGGCUUCUGAAUUCAACAUGAAUUUUAUUUAUAUGUAUUUUCUUCUGUCCCCUGGUACCUUAAUGAUUAAAAAUCAGCUACAAUAGGAAAAAAAAAUUGUUUUGUUAAAUAGUGAAUUGAUUUAGCUCUACUACUAAGGAAGUAGACAGAAGAUAUUUUGUGUCAUGA